CACAACUCUAAUCAAGUUCACAGUAGAAUAGCCAUGGGAUCAUCACAAUCAAAGGGAGACAAGCAGCCCAUGGUUUUUGUCAGCGAGGAAAACCCUGUUCCUGUCAGGGUAUCCUCAGCGUUUGUCAAUCAGCUUCAACAGUCUCAGCCCAAUGCUGGAUCACUUCAGGAUAUCGAGAACCAGGUUCGUCAUCGCGUCCAAGCAGAACUUGCCAAGAUUCAUGCCGAGAAAGAUUCAUCUAUGGACACAUCCCAUGUUAAUUACAAAUCGACUACCAACGCCAAUGCUGUCGUGACCGAGCAAGAGUUGGAUCAAUUGGCGAAGAGCGCUCCUACUAAACAAAUUAAGGCCCUACCUGAGGAAAUCACGAAAGCUCAGGAGUCCCUUGUCCAAUGCUACAAGAAAAAUCAGGAGAGGUCGUUGGAUUGCUGGGCUGAGGUUCAGGAAUUCAAAGACCUGGUUCAAAAGGCUCAAAAUGCCUUUAUCGCAGCUGUUUAAGUAAUUACGCUCAAAAAAAGGAGACAUUUUAGAGACAUUUUAACAUGAAGAAUAAAUGAUUCAGUACCGCAUAGAACU